UUCUGAGCUUGUUGCAUCCAUCCAUCCAUCUUGUUCAGCUGUUUCAUUUUUCUGAAACGGCGGUGAUUUCAGGCUGAGGGUAUCAUCAGAGAAGAUGAAAAUAUAUUAUUACUUUGGUUUUAACAAGUUCAACUGUUUCACUGAUAGAGUGAACCAGCCUGCAAAAGUGGUUCCCGACGAGCUGUCAACUGCUAAAACCGUGUACAUCGGGUGGUCGAACGCAGUCUGCGUCACCGAGGACGGGAAGCCGUACCUGACCGGGUUCUUGCCGCAACGUUGCGAGAGGAAGGUGGAACUACUCAAGUACUCCUCCGAGGACGAUGCCGUAUCGCACGCGGUGUUGGGGCAGUGUAUGUUGUGCGUCAUUACUCGGAGCGGCGGUGCCUACGUGUGGCACGACUUGGACUCGCAGCCAGAGCGAAUUCCUAGCGCCGGCAAGGUGAAAGACGUCGCCUUCGGAGACGAGGAAGGAGUCGUACUGCGGCCAGAUGGCUCCAUGGAACGUCUUUAUUGCUCAACGCUCACAUUGGAACCUUUAGUACUUGCAAGGCCCUCUAUCAAGUCUGUAGUUUGUGGCAACGCGCACAACCUGGCACUCGCCGAAAAUGGCGUUGUCUUCAGUUGGGGUAACUCUAGUCAUGGGGAGCUUGGACAUGGAACGCUGGACCCCGAGUCCACACCCAGACCAAUAGAAGGACUUGAAGGCAUUGUCAUAAGGGAGGUGUCUGCCGGUGGCUGGCAUUCAGCUGCCAUCAGUGUCACUGACGACCUGUACCUCUGGGGAUGGAACGAAAGCGGUCAGCUUGCACUACCCUGUCCCGACGGGCAGCCCGAGUUGUACAGGGAAGCCCGAGUAGUCGUAGUCAGGCCAAUCCCCCACUUGGUGGCAUCGCUCACCGACGUGCUGACGGCCAGCUGUGGAUCGCGGCACACGGCUGCUGUCGCAGGCGACGGCACGGCAUGGGCGUGGGGUUGCAAUGCCUACGGCCAGCUGGGCCUCAAGGAGGAUCUGAAAAGCACCUGUCUGCCGAUGAAGAUGUGCCUGCCCCAGAACUGUGUGGCCAGUGGUGUGUCGUGCAAGUUCUGGGGAACCCUUGUGACAUGUAUGGUCCCCGAAUAAAUGCCCAUUCUCUCC